UGUAGUCGUUAUAAACCCUGAUAGUGACAUGACAAAUCAAACUGCAUUCUGAAAAACAGCAGGCAAGCCAACAAAUAAAGCAGGUUUUUGAAGAGGUCUCCUUCAAAAUAAGAAAAGAUGCAUGGUCGAGUGAAGAUUAAAUCUACAGCCCAGCAGGAAGAGGAGAAAAGGAAGGAGCGUGAGAAGAAGCUGAAGAUAUAUGUGGCUGCACGCGAUGCUUGUUUUUCUAAGAGGAAUGAGGGUGUUUGGGAUGACGAGGCUCUCCAGCUGACCCAGCAGCUCCUAUCCUCCAAUCCUGACUUUGCAACCCUCUGGAACUACAGAAGAGAAAUCCUCAUGCACCUGGAAACUGUGAAAGAUGAGGAUGAAGUGCAGAAGAUUUACGAGGCCGAGCUGUCGUUUCUGGAGUCUUGCCUGAAGGUGAACCCGAAGUCUUAUGGCAGCUGGCACCACCGAGGCUGGGUCUCAGCCCGCUUGCCUCGACCGGACUGGGCCCGAGAGCUGAGCCUGUGUGACCGUUGUUUAAGCCUGGACGACCGCAACUUCCAUUGCUGGGAUUAUCGCCGAAUGGUUGUCAAGAUGUCUGGCGUUCCCGUGGAUCAGGAGUUGGCAUUUACCGAUCGUCUCAUUGGCUCCAACUUUUCCAACUACUCCAGCUGGCACUACCGCAGCACCCUACUGCCUCUGCUCCACCCGGAGUCACCCGAGCCGCCCUCACCGUGCCGCGAGCCUCCCCAGACCUCCCCUCCACCAUCUCCUCAAACCCACUCCCACCGUGUCUGUGAAGAGCAGCUACUCAAAGAAUAUGAGCUUGUACAAAAUGCUUUCUUCACUGAUCCCAACGACCAGAGCGCCUGGUUCUACUAUCGCUGGUUAUUAGGCAGAGCGGAGCGUGAAGAGAUGAUAAGCUGCGUGUAUGUCAGUCGGGAUGAGGAGAGAGUGGCUGUUGCUUUCUCCAGACCUGUCAAUGCGCAGUCGGUCGGCCUGCUGCUGGUCCUCGACGGUCAGCCCCAGAGAGUGGAGUGGAGGAGUGUCCACCCGCGCUUUAAACACAGCCCUGUCUGGAUCUGCGAUCUCCCUCCUGGAACGAUAAACGACAUCUCUAAUGAACACAAUCUGACUGUGCACUGGACAGAAAAACACACUCACAGGGACUGUGCUCUGUACACAGGUCGAGCUGAGAGCUGGUGUCGGGACUCUGCUACCGAUCAGGAACUUUUCAGGAGUGAACUGUCGGUAGAGAAGACCUCAGUGUUACAGUCGGAGCUGCAAUCAGUCAACCAGCUACAAGAACUGGAGCCACUCAAUAAAUGGUGCUUACUGACCAUUAUCCUCCUGAUGAGGGCACUGGAUCCUCUGGGGUAUGAAAAGGAGACACUCGCUCAUUUCCAAACACUCAAAGAAGUAGAUUCCAUGCGCUCUGCAUACUACAGUGACUUGUGCAGCAAGUUUAUGAUUGAAAACACCAUCCUGAAAAUGGAGUACGCCGAAGUGCGCGUCUUCAGUAUUUCUGACAAGAACCUGACCACUUUAUGCCACCUGGACCAGCUGUUAUUGGUUACCCAUAUCAACCUGUCUUCUAAUCAGCUGCAACAGCUGCCUCCUCAGUUCGCUAUGUUGCAGUGCCUGGAGGUCUUGGAGGCUGAUAACAACUCAAUAGAAAACCUGGAGGGGGUGUACCACCUUCCCAAACUGGAAGAAGUCCUCUUGAAGAAUAACAAAAUCUCCACGCUGGCAGAUCUUCAGCCGUUGGCCUCCUGCCCCAAGCUGAAGCGCCUUGAUCUCCGCGGCAACCCUGUCGCUCAGACGCUCAACGUGGAGUCGGAGUUGGCCGAGCUGCUGCCCUCAGUCACGGACCUCCUGCUCUGAUCGGACGCAGGGCAGGAAUCACUGCCGUCAUUGUCCUGUCGUUCAAUUGUCCUUCACAUUCUCUGUGGUGAAAUGAGCAAGUGGGUGUUUUUUUUUUGUUUUUUUUUUUGUUUCCAAAGUGUCUUGUGACUCUGUUUGUUCCACCUGUUUGGGAAAAUGUCAGUCACAGCAACCCCUGAGGGUCUGAAGGCCUGAUACUUCAGAGCACAUGUCGGAAACCUCUCAACACCUUCAGCAAAACGUCUACAUUUAUGUGUGAGUGUUUAUGUGUGAGCGAGUGCGUAAUAACCAAUGUUGCAAGUCUUCAUGUGUGUGCGUGUCCGGAUGUCUUUAACACAACACACCCUAUUGCAUGCAGAAACCUCGAUAAAGGAGAAAAUUUAAUAUGGAUUGGCGUGCAGCGAUGCUGGCUUAUUGCUUCUAUAAGCUUUAACGGUUGAGUUAGAAGAAGAGCUCAUACUGACAGAGCAUUGCAUAGUUCUCAUACACAUUUUUUUUAAAAGGUUGUGUAAAGCAUUUAAUAUAUGACAUUAUACUGUUGCACAGUAAGUCACAGAUUCAGUAAUAAACAGCACACAUUGUGUCACUGCCUUCCAAUAA